GUUUAGGACAUAAUUGUAAAUAAGAAUUUGUUAUUAACUGACUUGUCUCGUUAAUUUUUUUUUUUUUUAAAUGAUGUAAUAUUCACUGCAAAUCCAGGUAAUUUGGUUCUGCUAUUGGAUAAAGUACAGUGAUAACACAUUAAUCUGUUGUUUAAAUAAACAAAAUAUCUGACAUUCUUUUUCCAUUUUAAAUUGGUUGUGCAUUUAGAUUGUUGAAACCAUAGUGAUAACAAUUUAACUAACUUUUGCCCUCUCUUUGAGAGGGUGAAUAUUGGUUGUAAUCUCAUUGAUUAACGUCUCAACCAAAUAUUACCCAAUAAUCCACGUUGGAAUGAUGUGGUGUGCCCACUGUGUUAAAGCAAUUUUGAUUGCUGUUUAUCUCCUCACCAUAUCCUUAAGACACAUCAAAAAAUAGUUUGUUCUUAACUGACUUGCCUAGUUAAAUAAAGGUUAAAUAAAAAAUAAUAAUAAAAACCCUCUCAACCUUUUACUUGAAGGUUGUUGGUAGAAUAUGUGAUUGUUUUUGUAGACCUGGACAGAACCUUGUUGUUUGACCUGAGCUCUUCACAAACACGGCAUCACUGUGUGACCCCUCUCACACUCUCUCACCCCACUGGGUUGAAGUGUGCUUUCACAACUCUAAAGUGCUUUUUGCUUGAUUGUCCUUGCACUCUGUGUAGAGAGCCACUCGACAAGGUUCUGCUGCUGUAGCACAACUUCUCCACUUUUCUCUCUCUAUAAUAGGCAUAAUAUCAGUGGGCAUAGUGUAGUGUUUACAUCCCAUCCUCAAGACCUCCUCAUCUGGCAAUAUUUAUGUCCUGGUUCCUCUGUAUAAUUACCUAUAGGAAGAGCAUGAUGGUGCAGAGGUUGAUUUCACACGGCCAGGUUGUCAGGCUCUCUCUCUCAACGCCAAGCAGCUUUUAAUGCCAAAGAUGCUAUUUACUCACGGAUCAAUAAGGCCUGUCAAACAUCAUGUUCCAGGGGUCCUUCAGAUGUCAGUGAGUGUGUGUGCGCGUGUGUGUAUGUGCACGUGUUCAUGCGUGGGUUCCUGUCUGCGUGUGUUCUUGUCUGUAUGUGUUUCUGUCUGCGAGUGUUCCUGUGUGCAUGGGUGUUAUGUAUGUGUGUGUGUGUGUGUGUGCCUCCGCAGUACUCGGCUGCAAUCCGUCUAACACCAGCAACAAUCAAAUCUGCACAAAAGAACACUCCCUUUCUGACUCACUGAACAGUUAAACAAUUGUAACAGUGCCAAGGAACGUUUAACGCUGUCUUCACAAAACAGCAACUAGAACGUUUUUCAUGCCCUUUUCCUUUCUAUUCUCCUCCACUGGAGUGUUAGCUCCUCGGAGCGCUGCUGUCUCAGGCUGCCAAAGCCAUCAUCUACAUCAUUCCCUGCUCCAACAGAACACAAUUAGUACAUUUCUAUGGAAAACGCGAAGACAUAAUGGGAGCAAUAUGUUGUUUUUUUCCCUCUCUGCUGGCUGUGGGGAGAGAGUGAAACAUGAAGGCACAGGCCUGGAAUGACAGAUGCUAAUUCCAUUAGCGACUCCUGAGGAGCACUUUGGGGAGUCCUCCGCUGGAUUGAAAGAAGGUCAUGAGGUGUAGAAGACCUAUCUGAGUAAGAACACGGAGGAUCCAGAUGAUGCUGCAUACCAUUUCUCGUGUGAUCGAGGAGCUACUCCGGUUGUAAAGUGGUGCCAUGACCUCAUUAUUAAGAGAUGACCCAAGAACAGUGCACUCAUAGGAACAAUGUCCAGAGCUCAGAGAAACCACAUGUGUACAAAGUGGGGAUUUACGGCUGGCGGAAACGUUGCCUUUACUUCUUUGUGCUCCUGUUAAUGAUCCUGAUCCUGGUCAACCUCGCUUUAACCAUCUGGAUAGUAAAGGUCAUGAAUUUCACCAUAGAUGGUAUGGGCAAUUUAAGAAUAACGGAGAAGGGUCUGAAAUUGGAGGGGGACUCUGAGUUUCUCCAACCUCUGUAUGCCAAAGAAAUUCAGUCCAGACCAGGCAGCCCACUGUUCCUGCAAUCCUCCAAAAAUGUGUCCGUCAAUAUCCUAAAUGGAAAGAAUCAGCUGGUCACACAACUUAUUGCAGGAUCCAGUGGAGUGCGUGCACAAGGGAAGAUGUUGGAGGUGAAAUCCAGCACCGGGAAGCUACUGUUCUCUGCUGAUGACCAGGAGGUGGUGGUGGGAGCAGAGAGGCUACGGGUGACGGGUGCCGAGGGAGCCGUAUUCACCAACUCUGUGGAGACGCCACACGUCAGGGCCGAGCCUUUCAAAGAGCUACGCCUGGAGUCUCCCACGCGGUCUCUGUACAUGGAGGCCCCUAAAGGAAUCCAGAUCCUAGCAGAGGCAGGGGACAUCCAGGCCACAUGUAGAAGUGACCUACGCCUAGAGUCCAAAGACGGAGAGAUCACUCUGGACGCGCGGAGGAUCAGGCUGCUGCGUCUGCCUGAGGGCAAGGCCUCUCCCUCGGGGACCACUACCAGACAGACUGUCUAUGAGGUGUGUGUCUGUCCCAACGGGAAACUCUUCUUAUCACAGGCCGGGACAGGCUCCACCUGCCAGAUCAGCAACAAUGUCUGCCUCUAGAACACACACAUGCACACACUAACACUGAAACACACACAUACAUACAUACAUACAUACAUACAUACAUACAUACAUACAUACAUACAUACAUACAUACAUACAUACAUACAUAUCGAAACACACACACACACACACUGAAACACACACACACAUACAUACAUAUAGUACAUAUCGAAACACACACACACACUGAAACAUACACACAUACAUACAUACAUACAUAUCAAAACACACACACACACACUGAAACACACACACACAUACAUACAUAUAGUACAUAUCGAAACACACACACACACUGAAACAUAUACACACACAUACAUACAUGCAGAACAUAUCAAAACACGCACACACUGAAACACACGCAUUCUUACAUACAUACAUACAUACAUACAUACAUACAUACAUACAUACAUACAUACAUACAUACAUACAUACAUACAUACAUACAUACAUACAUACAGACAGACAGACAGACAGACAGACAGACAGACAGACAUACAUACAUACAUACAUACAUAUCGAAACACACACACACUGAAAUAAACAUCCACAUGUAUACUGAAACACACAUGCAGUGAAACACAUACACAAAUGCACACAAUGCAACACAUAGAAAAACGUAUCUACACAUACACAGAAACACAAGCAAUCAUGCAUAUACAUUGACACUUAGGGGGUCUGUUCCUUCUAACAGCCUUUGACAGGAACUGAGAGGGAUCCUCCUGAGAUUUACAAAGAGACACUCGGAGUGACAAUGUUCUGUUCAAUGUCCUGAAGACAAUUUCAGUACCAGAAUCACUAGGGUGAUCACCCACAUUAGAAACCCUGCAAUAUCCUGCCAUUUCCCCAUCUCUCUGCUUCAUGCCACCUACCACACAUGUAGUGAUAGAAGGCUCAUUGCUAUUUUUUCAAUUAUAAAAAUUUGAGCAGUUCUAACAAUAUUGUAGCUUUUGAAAUAUGAAGAGUGUAACAAUAGUGUUUUCUUUUGUGAAUGAUUUUGACUGUCAACGUGUCAGGCUUGGUUUCACUUCCAUAUCAUGUCAAUUCAUGUCAACGUUGACUUUUUAAAAUGAUAAAGAAAACAAAAGCAGCACAGAUUUUAAACCCACACCACUAAGAGAACAUUAGUAAAUAAUUGUAAACAUUGCAUGGUGAUGGUCUUCACAGGUGGUCACCCUACCAAUUCCUCGUACUGGGACUGAUCCACUCUGUUCAAAGAGGGGAAACUGUGCCUGUGCCUUAUAUCAAUGCACUUGUGGCAAGGAGAAGCACAUCACACAGACUUUCUUUUGUCAACAUUAGUUUUUCCUUUUGGCUCAAUCCUUUUUGUGUGUAGAGGAUGGGAAUGCAAAGAUAUCUCUGACUCACCCAACUGCAUGCACCCACACCCUCUCUCUCUCUUCUUCUCCUGUCAUCGUUUUCCAGCGGUUUAAUGCCUUUGACAAGAAGAUCAGGGCCGACAUAUUGGUAAACACAUGGUUUUUGUUUUUGAAAUAUAAGCAAGAGCGUCAACUUUUUAUACCGUUUAUCUGUAAAUACACAUAAUCACGUCUGAGUGUGUCAAGGGCACAACCUCAUGAAAUGAAAAAUAUGCUCUUUUUCUAAAUUAAAGCUUUUAUAAUAUCAUGUGUUUUUCAAACAACAAAAAAAGAUUGAAUAAGUAAAUAUCUUGAUAUUCUACAGGUUAGCAUGUUUAGUAUACCAUGUUUGCCAGUUGGGAAAGGUUAUAUUUCUUUUUCUUUAUUUUGUGUAAACUUCUCACACAUGGAGAUCAACAAUACAACGAAACGCUUGCCCAUUUUGUUUGGCAGUUGGGGGUGAGGUCUUUGCAUUCCUUGCGUGUGUCGUGUGGAAUUUGUUCUACUAAGAUUUUUUUUAAUGUCUUCUACCGACUGUGUAUUUGGCUUUACUUGUUUAAUGAUGCUCAGAGUUACAGACACACAAACCAAAAAGCGGAGGGGCCCCUACUAUGACUUAAGACAUAGUCAUCUUGUACGGUACUCAUUGAGUACUUCUCUUGUCCUUAGCUCCCAUACACUGCAAUCCUUCUGAGGCGAUCUGAAGUGAACGGUGUCUGUGUUCAAGUUCAUUACAGAGCAAAAGGAUUUCCUAAAGUCCACUUUGCUUUGCAUCAACAUCUGCUUUUUUUACUCCAUUUGAAUGGGGCCGUUUGCCUCAUCUUACACCACUUGUUAUUAGCUCAUCAUCCAUGCUGAAGAAAGCAAUACAGUCUUCAGGAGGGUUUUUACCGCAGGGUUUAUACAGCUCUGUCAAUGUUGUGGAGCAUUGUGCUACUGUAUAUUCAAGAGAUGUUAUGUUUUAUAUCGCCUCUGUAAAAUUAUAUAAAUAUCAUUUUUUUCUCCACAUAAAAGCAUUUUAUUUAUUUAGAUUUCCGAUGUGCACACUGUAAAAUGCCACUGAGUAUUGUUGAGAGUAUAUAAUAAACUAAAUUGCAAGAUGACUGAACCAUU